CCGCCGUCCCGACCUCGCACGGCCGCCGCCGCCGCGUCAGCGAAGGAACCGCAGGAGAUCCUGAACGCCAUCCUACCGCCGCGGACGUGGGAGGAGGACAACCGGCUGUGGGUGCAGGAGGUUUCCAGCGCUCCCAGCACCCGGCUGGACGUCGUGCAGCUGCAGGAGCAGCUGGACCUGAAGCUGCAGCAGCGGCAGGCGAGAGAAACCGGCAUCUGCCCCGUGCGAAGGGAGCUGUACUCACAGUGCUUUGAUGAGCUGAUCCGUGAAACCACAAUUAACUGUGCAGAGCGAGGACUGCUGCUGCUUCGAGUCAGGGAUGAGAUCCAAAUGACAAUCGCUGCUUACCAGACGUUGUAUGAGAGCAGCAUUGCAUUUGGCAUGCGGAAGGCACUACAAGCAGAGCAAGGCAAAUCUGACAUGGAAAAAAGAAUUGAAGAGCUAGAAGAGGAGAAGCGGGAGCUGGAAAGACUGGUGAGUGAAGAGAAAGCAAAAUGCGAAGCUAUUGAGAAACGUGAGAGUGAAAGGCGACAGAUAGAGGAAAAGAAACACACUGACGAGGUCCAAUUCCUGAAGAGAACCAAUCAACAGCUGAAGGCUCAACUUGAAAGCAUCAUUGCACCAAAUAAGUAAAUUUUUUGUUGGCUUCGGGGCCAGAAGAGCUGUCAGAGCACAAAGUUUGCAAUUAAUGACAAGGAUUUGUCUUCAUAAAACAAUACUGAAUUUUCACUUACCAGUAACUGAGAGCAGUCUAAUUGCAUUAUUUCUCCCUUUUUCCUCAUUAAGAAUUGAAAUUUAAAACCUAACAACUGUGCCUUCUUCCUGUGCCAUCACAGCAUUCACCUCCUUGAUAUGUGAACAUAUCUGGGACUUGCUAGUUGGCAAUAUGCUAGAUCUUCAAAGCAAUAAACUAAUAAAUGCUUUUACAUGCAA